AUGUUGGAGGCGGUGCUUUUAAAUAUGAGAGUAAAUGGACGGAUUUCGGCUUGUGGGAUGAUCUCACAGUACAACUUAAAUCAAGAGGAGGGUGUGAGGAAUUUGUCAAGCAUAAUAAUGAAACGACUUCAUAUAAAAGGGUUUAUUGUAAGUGAUCAUUUUAAUUUGCUUCCAAAGUACAUGGAAAUGGUUAUACCAUUGAUAAAAGAAGGGAAGGUAUGUUACAUUGAAGAUAUUGUAGAGGGGCUUGAGAGUGCACCUGCAGCUUUGGUCGGGCUUUUUUCGGGAAAAAAUGUUGGCAAGCAAGUCGUGGUCGUGGCUCGGGAAUGA